AUGGCUGCAAGUAAUAUGCAAAUAGCGAAAACAUGUGGAAUUUGUUGGGUGGCAGGACAUCCAACUGACAUGUGUCAAACUCUUCAAGAAGAUAAACAAGUUAAUGCAGUAGGGAGCUUUCCUGGACAACCACAAAGAAAUUAUAAUCCUUACUCGAAUACCUACAAUCCAGGAUGGAGGGAUCAUCCUAAUCUUAGCUAUGGGAAUCAAAAAGUGAAUCAACCAAACUUCCAGCAAUACAGGCAGCCAUAUCCUCCUAGACAACAACAGGACCAAACUUCAAGUUCAGGUAUGCCUUUAGAAGAUGAAAAUGAGAAAGAUAUCACUGAAGAAAAGAGUGUUCCCAACGAUGAUGGCGUACCUAAGCAUAAGUUUCCACUCAUUUCUGAGUAUAAACCAGCGUCCCAUUUCCCUCAGGCUUUAGUAGAACCUAGGAAAGAUGAACAUAAUCAUGAGCUUUAUGGAACUUUCCGUAAAUGUGAAGUAAACAUUUCAUUGUUGGAUGCUAUUAAACAAGUACCUCGUUAUGCUAAGUUCUUGAAGGAAUUGUGUACCAUUAAAAGAAAACAAAAACUUAAAAGAUAUGAAAAGAUAAAUGUAGGGAAAAUGUUUCUGCAAUUAUCCAAAAAAAAUCUCCCUACAAAGUGCAAAGAUCCAGGCAUAUUUAGCAACCUUUGCAUGAUAGGUAACUCUAGGUUUGAAAAGGCCAUGUUAGACUCAAGAGCUUCUAUUAAUGUCACGCCAUACUUUGUAUACGCUUCUUUAAAACUUGGACCUUUGAAUGAAACUGGUGUCAUAAUUCAACUAGCCGAUAAAUCUAAUGCUUAUCCUAAGGGUGUAGUUGAGGAUGUUCUCAUGAACAUUAAUGAUUUAAUUUUUCUUGCUGACUUCUUUGUGCUUGAUAUGGGAUAUAAUGAUCAAACUAUCCCCAUUUUGCUAGGAAGACCAUUCUUAAGGACAUCCAAAGCUAAAAUAGAUUUUUAUAGUGACAUGCUUACUAUGGAAUUUGAUGAUAAAAUCGGUGAAUUUAACAUUUAUGAUGCUAUGAAACAUCCUGAUAAAACUAACAUUGUUUAUUCUAUUCAAGUGAUUGAUAAUUUAGAACAAGAGGAAACCAUUGCAACAUUGAAUGCUUCUCCAAAGUCACGUAAAAGUUCACAUAUUGUUUUGCCAAUUGCUAACGAGAAGCCUUUCUAUGUAGGUUUCCAAAUGGAUGAUGUGAGAAUAUGGGACCUUAGGAACCCAAUUGAUGCCGGUUGA